AUGGGCAAGUAUAUGAAACCCGGGAAGGUGGUAUCAGUCCUGGCCAGACGCUACUCCAGACACAAAGUAGUCAUUGUGAAGAACAUUGAUGACGGCACCUCAGACUGCCCCUACUGCCAUGCUCCGGUGGCUGGAAUUGACUGCUAUCCCCGCAAGGUGACGGCUGCCAUGGGCAAGAAGAAAAUUGCCAAGAGGUCAAAGAUCAAGUCUUUCGUGAAAGUUUAUAACUACAAUCACCUCAUGCCCACAAGGUAUUCUGUGGAUAUCCUCUUGGACAAAACUGUUGUUAACAAGGAUGUCUUCAGAGACCCUGCUCUGAAAUGCAAGGCCUGA